CAGAUCAAGGGCUAAUAAAAAGUAGAAAAAAUAACGAUAAUAAAAUAAAUGUAUUUUUAACACAGAAGGAUGCGUGUCAUCUUGAUUCACUUGAGUGAAAUUUAAAAAAAAAACACAACAACAACAACAUCUUCCUCUUUAAUGCAGGUUACGUUUAGCGAGCUAGCGGACUAGAGGCGUUUCAUUUUUGUGGAGUUAUUUUUUUUUUGUAUAGUGGACUAAGUUAUAAUCUUUGAACUACAAAAAUGAAACUAAGCGCUGUGAAAGGAUUGUUGCUUUGUGCUUUUGGGAUCACACAUGCGGCUGUGAUAGAAGUUUAUGAAAACUCUGCUGUCACUAUUACAUGCGACUUAAACGUCCAAUAUCCAACAUGGACUGGCCCAGCUGGACUAGCAAACCCUCUUACAAGCGGCCAAUCUAUAAAUGAAGCGGACAUGGAGUGGGUGAACAAUAAAGAUCUCAAGAUUGAAAAAGCAAUGUUACAACAUGACGGCAAUUAUACGUGUUCAGAUAAUAAUGGUAACAGCAAGACCGCUGAAGUUGAUGUUCAAUACUUUUCGACUUCGGCGUCUUUAUCAGUAGCUUCAACGGCAAAUACAACAGCAGUGUUUACUUGUCGUUGUCAUAGCAAUCCACCUUGUAAAAUACAUCCUUAUAGUGUUUCGCAUGACGCAGAUAGCAAAACUAAAUUCUUUCCUUGUAAACCAGAUCCCACUACUGAAAACCGGAUGGAGUGUAAGGCUACUGUAACAUUGGGACUGGCCAAAAGGUACAAUGGACUCACUGAAAACAGAUGCGAGUUCAAGUACAAAGACAUCGAAAAAUACGCGACACAAUCUGCUAGAAAUGUAUUUUAUUUUCCUCCAACCAACGUCGAUGUUACCGCAAAGAAAGUUGGUCAGACCGUUACCCUAAACUGUACAACCGAUUCAUCAAACCCUGUAGCUCUAUUAAAGUGGUAUAAAGGGAAUAAAGAUGAAGCCUCAGAUAAUACAAUUAUAACAAGUAAUUAUAGACGGGUCAUUGAGGAUGCGGAGUACAAUGGUAAAAGUGUCUCACAAUUGCUUAACAUCAAUGUAAAGAGCAUCAAGGAUGGAGAAAAGGCUUUCUGUUGUGGUAAACAAGUGCAAACAGAGAUCUGUGAAUCUAUUUCACUAGCACCAUUUAGGGAAACAUCUGGAGGUCACAGUCUAACAGCCGGGAUGACUUUGAUUAUUGUUGGUAUAGCCAUCAUCAUCCUUUGAGAAAGCACCAUACUACAAUCUACUCAUUGUAUCAAAAUGUUAUAUAUGGCAUUAACAUGAUCACAAAUUAAAUAAGUUAAGCUAA